UUGCAAAAUUCAGCCAUCUAGAACUGUGUCUCAAGCUCUUGAUUCGAUCUCCCUGAUCUGCCUGCCUGAAUGAUCACAGCAUGAGACAGCCCUGUGUAAUACACAGUACAACUGCGAAUAGCCAAGGCUGCUUGAAAUAUCUGUGCGUACUGUACGAUUAAAUAGAUUAUCAGCCCACAACGACAUCGAGAACAUUGGCCGUCGAGGUUCCUGGAACACCAGAUAAUACCAGUAACGGUGCGCAACAAUCAACACCAAGGUACGACAUACCCGAACGAACAUAAAUGGUGCCUCCACGCCCUGGCUGGACGCCGCUGCGGCUCUGCCGGCCCCGCCGCCUCGCGCCACACACCACUACUCCAGCCCCAGCACGCUUGAUCUCAUCGACAACGUCCGCAUCGCAAGCGGCUGACGGCUUUCCAACAUCCUCCUCCUCUUCCCCCUCCUCCUCCGGCAAUCCCCAACCCCCCAACAAACCGCAACCACCAAAACCGAAAAAGCCGCUCACUCCCGAGCAACAAUCCUUCCUCUCGUCCGCCCUGCGGGUCAACCAGGCGGGCGAGCUAGCCGCAACACUCAUCUACCGCGCGCAGACGCCCGUGGUGGUCGGGCGGGAGCCGCACUUGCGGCCGCUGAUGCAGCACAUGUACGACCAGGAGGUGGGCCACUUCCGGACCUUCAACGAGCUGAUCGCCAAGCACCGGGUGCGGCCGACGGCGCUGUACCCGCUGUGGUCGGUGCUCGCGACGGGGCUGGGAUGGACGACGGGGGUGCUGGGCCGCGAGGCGGCCAUGGCGUGCACCGAGGCGGUCGAGACCGAGAUCGGCGGGCACUACAACGCGCAGAUCCGCCGGCUGCUGGAGAUGGUGGGCGAGUGGGAGGCCGAAGGGUACGACGUCGGGGACGAGUUUCGCGAGCUGAUCUCCACGCUGAGGAGGAUACGGGACGAGGAGUUAGAGCAUCUGGAUCAUGCCGUGGAACAUGACGCAAAGAAGGCCGAGCCGCAUUGGCUGUUGACCGGAGUCAUCAGGGCGGGGUGUAGGGGAGCGAUCUGGGUCAGUGAAAGGGUCUAAAGAGCACGGUAGGCACCAGGACGGAUUUGCCGGUGGCGAAGUGGGAUGAACAGUUUUAUUGCGGACUAAAAGUGUAUAUAUAUGUAAAUAUG